ACUCAGGCGUCUCACAGCAGCCGCGGGCAGAGCGAGCGCAGGGGCGUCCGGAGGCACCCCAGGGAGCACCGGGUUAUGGUGGCACCGGGCUGAGCGCCGGGACGCGGUGAGCCAUGGAGGGGCCCGGCCAGGAGUCCUACGAGGAGGGGAUGAGGAGGACCCUGGACCCCGAGGGCUACGAGGACCCCGGCCUAAAGAGCUCCCAGCUGUCACUGGGCGAGAUGAGCACUGUGUCGGUGACCGAUGUGGACGUGGAGCCCGCGGGGAGCAGGAGGCUCCUGGCCCAGCCGGACACCCAUGAGGGGUACGUGGAGCUUCACGAGCUGGUCCUGGACAAUGCAAAGGACUUGUGCUGGAUGGAGGCCGGCCACUGGCUCAAGCUGGAGGAGGAUUUCCAGGAAUCRGGGGACUGGAGCCAGCCCCAUCUCUCCUUCCUGACCUACCACAGCCUCCUGGAGGUCCAGCGGGCUUUGAAGAAAGGUGCCAUUCUCUUCAACCUGGAGGCCAACUCGCUGCCGGCCAUMGUCCAAGUGGUCCUGGACCAGCUGAUCUACGAGAGGCAGAUGAAGCCGCAGGAUCGGGACGAUGUCAUGAGGACGCUGCUCCUGCGCCACAG